AUGCUCCAGUUGUAUCCUAAUGCGUUUGAAUUCGAGGAAUACUUCUUUGCGAAGGGCCCAUACAUCCACUCGCCACAAAACUAUGCUGUUUUCUGCUGGAACGUCGACCUUGAUAUAGGAAGUCUACCGACCCAGGGUGACCCACUUGGACACAGCUGCUUCUGGACUCGGUCAGCUGAGUCGAUCCCACUCACUGAGCCUGAUUCCUGGCUUCUCAAGUGCACCCCUCAUCCCAGACAGCUGAAUAUGCUUGCUCUACCGCCGGACAAUUUGGGAAACUGGAAAGCUGUACCUGCUCGACCUCAAGCGUGCUUUCUCUACCUCGCUGGGCCAGUCGAUAAACCGUAUCUCACUAUCCAGUGCAUCGAAAGCUACAACGUUGAACUCCACGACUUACCGGCAUUCAAAAGCUACCUGCCCGACUCGCAGACCACUGGUGGCCAUUGCAGGCUGAUCCUCAAGUCAGACGCGGACGAUGCGUUCCCAGAGCUCAACCUCCCAGAUACAUGGUUCACUGCUGUGAACAGAAUCUCGAGAUCGUUGGACCAAUUCGGUGUUUAUUGCGAAAGAAAUGAUAUCAAGUACGACACUCGAUACAUUCUACCUCGAAUUACACCUCUUGGACAUAAGUGCUACUGGGUUCUCGGCACUGGAGACAAGUCGCUCAUCUUUGCCCAAUGCGAAGAUGCUGAAGAUUGGCGAUAUCAAUGA